AUGAAUGAAUACCAAAAUAGUAAGUAUAUGUAUCUAUCUAUCAUCAUGGGCAACUUACUAAGUUGUGCUCCAGAAUAUCCUUCUGAGCCGUUUACAGGCGAUAUGCCAUCCAAACCCAUACCAUUACAGAGUGAAGCUCCAAAGUCGUCUUUGAACAACAAUAGCAAUAGUAGCAAAGAUAGUUAUUAUAAUAGUAAUCCUUCUCUUUCAUCUAUAUCACCAUAUAGUAGUUCUCCUACUACGACAUCUUCAAAUAAACCAACUAAAAGUACUACUCCACAAAAGCAACAACAAUCAACAACAACAACUCCAACUCCAACAACAAAAAAAGAAAAAUAUAUUAAACCAAUUGUAGAUAAGAACCCAACACAUAAAAUGAACUUUAGUGACGAUGAAGAAGAGGAUGAUGAUGAAGAUGAUGGAGACAGCAUGUACAGUGCAGAGGAAUUAAGAAAACAAAAAUUAAAGGAAAAACAACAAUCGUCUGUUACAAAAGCAACAACAACAACAACAACACCAACAAAAGAAGUAGUAGUAGAAAAGAAUGAAACAACAACCCCUGUAGAUUUAUCAAAUGUUUCACUUAGUAAACCAGCCUCUGCUCCAAUGAAAUUAAUGGCCAAGAAACCAUUACCAAAAACAACAACAACUGUUUCAAGUUCACUUCAAACAUCAUCAGUAUCAAUCAAACAACAAAAUAUUGCUCCUCAAAAAUCAAGUAAAUUUGCAAUUGCAGAUGAAACAACCAGCAAUGCAACUACUACAAAUAUUGAUGCAAAUUCAAGUAUGGGUAAUUGGGGAGACGACGAUGAAAUUAAUUUUGGAGAUGAUGAUGAUGAAGAUGUUGGAUCAGAUGAUGAGAGCAACAAUGAAAACAAUGAGAUGGAUGAUAGUGAAUCCAUACAACCACCAAAAAUUACACAACCCAUAAAGAAACCAUCAAUAGUUUGGAACGAUGAUGAUGAUGGAUGGGAAUAA